AGCUCCUCCUCUCUCUCUCUCUCUCUCUCUCUCUCUCCCUGCAAGCCAUUGAAAUGGGGACAGAAAGAGAAAAUCUCUCAGAAAACGGAAGUAUUUCCGAUCCAGAUUCGAAAAUAUACGGAUCUUCUUCUUCUUCUUCGAUUCUGUUUCUAGGAACGGGUUGUUCGAGCGCCGUCCCCAACUUGAUGUGCUUGUUACAGCCGUCUGAUCCUCCCUGCCAGGUCUGCGUUCAAUCCCUCUCGGUUCCUCCGGAUCGCAAUCCGAACUACAGGUGUAAUACAUCGCUUCUAAUUGAUUAUUCUCAAAGUGAUGCCAAGCACAACUAUAUACUGAUUGAUGUUGGGAAGACCUUCAGGGAGCAAGUGCUACGGUGGUUUACCCACCACAAGAUUCCUCGUGUGGAUUCUAUUCUUUUGACUCAUGAACAUGCGGAUGCAGUUCUUGGUCUGGAUGAUAUACGUGCAAUACAACCAUAUAGUCCAACAAAUGAUAUCGAUCCCACUCCUAUUUACCUCACUCAGUUUGCAAUGGACAGCAUUGCUGCAAAAUUCCCAUACUUAGUUCAGAAGAAACUAAAAGAAGGCCAAGAAGUGAGGCGGGUCGCUCAGCUCGAGUGGAAGAUAAUCGAGAGCCACUGUGAGAAGCCGUUUAUUGCAUCAGGCCUUCAGUUUGUUCCUUUGCCAGUGAUGCAUGGAGAGGAUUAUAUUUCCUUAGGCUUUCUUUUCGGAGAAAAAUCUAGAGUUGCAUAUAUAUCUGAUGUUACACGUUUCCCUGAAAGCACAGAAUAUGUUAUUUCAAAAACUGGAGCAGGACAAUUGGAUCUUCUCAUCUUGGACACCCUAUACAAGAAAGGAUCACAUAAUACUCACUUUUGCUUCCCUCAGUCUCUUGAUGCUGUGAAGAGGAUAUGCCCGAAGCAAGCGCUGUUCAUUGGCAUGACCCAUGAGUUUGAUCACCACAAGGACAAUGAGUUUCUUGUGGAAUGGUCUAGAAGAGAAGGGAUCCCGGUGCAGCUUGCUUAUGAUGGUCUUAGAAUCCCAAUCGACUUAUAAUGAAAGGUCAAAGUUGAAGGGCGACCUGGAGCUGGGCCCCACAAUCUCUGUUGUUUCCAUCAAUCCAAUCAUUUGUUAAAAGGUAUAGAAUUUUUUCUUGUCUCCCCAUUCUGAGGUAGAAAUAAGGCCACAUAGAGAACACUGCUGGAGCGGCGGUCAGCCCGUAGAACUCCAACCAACCAUUCAAGGUUACUUAGGUUUGAAAAUAUGAGAAGAAAAUUCUAUCAUUGAACAGGGGAUGACGGAAAACGAUGUUUCACAUUAUUCAUGUGGAACCGUUUGUUUGUGUUUGAAUGUAUUCCAAAUACGAAAAGAUAAGGUAUUAAAAACCCACCAUUGAGGGGGGCUUGAAUGUCAA